AUGGCUGAGCUGGGCACCGCCAUGGGGGCAGCGUCUUUCGCCUUCGACCUCCUCGGCAAAUGUGUCCAAGGCUUCAUCCUCGUCCGGACCGCGCAGAAGAUCGGCAAGGACGGGCUGUCUCUCCUUCGCAUGCUGGAUAUUGAGGAGAUUCGGCUCACCACAUGGGCUCGCCGAGCACGUCUCCUGGACUCUGGAUAUUUGGAUGAGAGGCUCAAUGCGGUGCUGGUCGAAAAGGCCCUCACCCAGCUCUUCUUUUGCCUGUCAGAUACCAACAAGUUGAAAGAGAGAUAUGGUCUUCAGCUGGUCCAGACUCCGCCGGACUUGUCCUCUCCUGACCCAUCCUCCCUCGCGCAAGCCAUGUCCCUCUCCGCCCUCGCCGUCGCAGAUUCGCGGGAGCCUCCCAGUUUGCCCAUUUCGGACGAGCUACGGGCGGAGAUCUUGCUGAAGGCGGGAAUCAUCAAGGACAAGAACGCGUUUCCAAAGCGGCUCUUUUGGGCUGCCUGGGACAAAACAAAGUUCCGCGAGUUCAUUGGCCAGGUCCAUCAUCUUAUCCAAACACUCUGGCGUACGCUGGACGACGCUAGACUGGAGGCCCUGUCGAGGGAUGUCAAUCAAUCUGUUUCUCACCUCGUACGACUCGAAGAAAAGGUCGAUCAGCUUUUCGCCAUCGCUUCCGCCGUCGGCUUCCUCUCAGGCGACGGCCGGCUAAGUCCCAAUCAAGGCAGCGAAGACUCCGCCGAAUCUGCCCUGGGGGCUGCAGCUCAUCUCAAAGCCGACAGAAACAGAAUCCGGCAUGAUCAAGCUGAUGCAGAUGCAACCGACAGUGUUGCCUUCCAUCUAUCUUCCCAGUCCGGUCCACCGGUCGAGACCUUUUCCAGGACAGAGCUGCUCGCGGAACAAAAGAUCGCGGGCAACCCAAGACUUGUCACAGCCAAGUUUCGACACUCUGACGUGGUGGUGGAGUGGAAGGUCCUGUACAAGGAGUCCAAAGGGAAAAUCCUGCCACGAGUCCGGAGCCUGGCGUACCUUCUCAGCACCACGCAACAUCCGGCCUUCCGCAUUCCUAAAUGCAUUGGGUUGGUCGAAGAGGAGGCUCAGAUCGGGUUGAUCUUUGAGAGGCCAGCCGGGUCGAAGGAUUCCAUUUACAGUCCAAAGCCCCUGCUGGAAUGCUUCAACAAGCGAUAUCCCUUACCGAGCGCAUCGGUCCGCCUCCAGCUGGCCCUGAAAGUAAUCCAGGUCUUCCAACUGCUCCACGUGGCGGGAUGGUGGCACAAGGAUCUGCGGUCGGAGAACAUUGCAUUUUUUCCACGCUGUGAUGAUACGGCUUUGAUAUCAGAUCCGUCCGCAUUCGAAGCUCUACUAUUGCAUCCCAUGCUGAUGGGCUUCUCGUUUGCCAGAGAGGCAAGCCCUUCGGCAAUCUCUGAGCAGCCCUCAGAUGAAGUCAGUCAUGACAUAUAUCGUCAUCCAGAAGCGCUCGGACAACCAUCUAAAAGCUUUGAUGAGGAUAAGGACAAUUACGCGCUUGGGAUGGUCCUGGUCGAGAUUGCCGAAUGGCGUUCGCUCCGCUCCAUCCUCAGAGCUGACAAGGUAAUUAACUUUGACCGGGACGUGUCGUUCGACCAACUGUCAACGAUACAAUCCUUCAUGUUGCAGGAGGGAAAGGAUUCGAUCGCGCAGCGCGUGGCAUUCAGACUGGGUCGUUCGUAUCUCAAACUGGUCAUGCUAUGUCUGAGAGCUCCCUCAGCAUUCGCGCCAGGCCACCUUGAACAGCAAAGCAGCGCGUCCAGACAAAAAAUGUUUGAGGAGGCGGUGAGGGAACUCGAGGAGUGCAGAUUGUGA